AGCAAACCUAAAUUACUCUAUUUAGUCCCAUGCGCUAUGGCUACAGCGAUAGGUUUUCUGGCUGCAGGCUAUAGUUUUGGCUACUAUAAUGGUCUUACGGGAAUAAUGCAUAAGCAAUAUGUACAUGAUGACAAACAAAGAAUUUCAGAUAAAGAUCUCUUUAACUCAGUUGUUUCAGGAGUUGUUUCUUUGGGAUCGAUUCCUGGAUCCCUAGUGGCAUCUCCAAUACUAAAAGCCGGAAGAAGAUUCACAAUGCUUAUUGCCAGCUUAAUUCUAAUCUUUGGAGCAUCUCUUACUUUGAUCUUCAAUAUAUGGACCCUUAUCUUAGGAAGAUUUAUCAUCGGAGUCUCGCUAGGACUGUACUAUUCAGUAUGCCCCCUUUAUAUCUCGGAGAUUAGUCCACCAUCAGUUUCAGGAAGCUUAGGAAGUCUGAACCAAAUGAGCUUCGUGAGUGGUCUUUUUAUCUCCUUUUCCUUAACAUUUAUCCUACCUCUAUCAGACGACUCGGAAGCUGAGACUACAAGACUCUGGAGAAUCAACUGUGGAUUUCCUAUCAUAUUCGGGCUGAUCCAAUUUUGUCUUUUUACUACUAUCUUCAGGUACGAUACUCCUCUAUUCUACAAGAGAAAAGGAGAUAUGAAGGCCUACCAACAAAUCAUAGCUCUUGUAGCUACAGUUGAAGAAAACAAAGAAAAUAAGGAAGAAAUAAGCAGGAAGAAUGAUAAAGUACAUCCAGAUCAUGAAAGCCCUGUGAUUGAAGAAUCACAGGAAAAGAAGGACAAUUCUUGUGAAAAGAGCAAUUUAGAUGAAAAAAUUGAUGAAAGCAAGGAAUCAAAGGAGGAAAAUUCUUCAAAGGUUUUAAGUGAGGAAGAAGUUGAUGAACAGAGGAAUAAUUUAAAAGACUUAGAAGCUCAAUCGGAGGAGAUAGAUAAAAUUGAUGCUAGGCUAGUCAAGAGACCUUGGACUCCACAUUACAAGAAAGCAUUGCUAAUAUGCUCCCUUCUUAGUUUCUUUCAUCAAUCGACUGGAAUUAACGGAGUUACCUCUUUCUCUAACGAGAUUUUUAAGGAUGGAGACGAAGGAAACUCUGCUGAGAGAAGAGCUAGACUUGGAACUCUUCUUAUGGGAAUAUCUUCGAUAAUUGCAUGCUUUACAUCCAUCUGGCUUUAUAAAAUUUUCCCAAGGAAAUUCUUCUUCAUUACAAGCGAGACAGUCAUCAUGAGUUGUCUGUUUCUUUCAGGAAUCUUUGCAUUGUUCAAUAUUGAUGUAGGAAUUAUUGUUAUGACAAUGAUCUAUGUGUUCUCUUUUGAUGGAGGAAUGGGCCCAACAAUGUGGAUCUACUGAUCAGAAGUCCUCGAUAGCUACGGCGCAUCAAUUGUUGCUUUAAUCAACAUGGUAAUGGUUUGCAUCUUUGCUUCUUUCGCAAACCUAAUGUUUGAACAUUUCACAGCUCCAGGCAUGUACUUUGGACUGGCAUUGAUCCAAAGCAUUUGAAUAAUCUUUAUUCUUAAAUUUGUGAGAGAGACAAAAGGAAAGACUAAAGAGGAAUGCGAAAAAUUGUAUUGUGAUGAAUAGAAUCACCUAGAAAUAUAUAACUUUUAAUGAUAU